AUGAUUCCUCAUCAGACAUGGCAUCCAUCGCGUGCUGCAUCCUCAGCCGGCGACUGUACUCAGUCCACCAGAAGUGUUGCUAUCACUGAACUCGAAAAUGCAGUCGCUCGCUUCCAAGCUGCAUUGACGGAUGACGAUCGCAAACGCUUGCAGGACUUGAGAAACCUGCCGCAUGAUGCUCAGUCGAUCAUUGUGUUCACAGCGGAGCUGGAUAUGCAGCAGAGUGGAAAGCGGAGAGGUAAAAGCAUAGCUUCGCGGCUUACAUCAUUUCUACAAAUCAUUCAGCAAUUCACUCCCGUUAUCGAUACAUAUAUUCAAUCCAAUCCUGAUAUCAGCGCAAUCAUCUGGGGCUCAAUCAAAUUGACAUUUAUGUUUCUUGCAAACUUCCUAUCCCAAUUCCAAUCCUUCGUUGAAUUACUGCAAGGUUUCGGCUCUCUAUAUUCCAGACUUGGCCACUACCAGAUACUUUUCCAAGACUCGACCCGCUUGAAUGAUUCAAUUUGCCAAUUCCACACGUCGGUGAUUCUCUGCUGUGAAAGGGUCAUUUACCUCAUCCGUCAAUCCAGUAUGGAAACCAAAACCAUCUUCAUUACUCUGAAGCUAAUUCCCGUCCUUCAAGCAUUCACCACUCAAGUCUGGAGAGCCAUCACCUGCUCAUUUCAGACUGAGAUUCGAAGCUAUGUCGAAAACGUCAAGACAAAAGCCGAGAAUGCGCAAAACGAGGUUGAGUUGGCUAAAGCGCAAGCUGAUUUCCAUGAGCAGCGGCAACAGACGGAGGAGAGGCAGAAGGCUUCAGGUCAUAGGCAGCAACUCUCUGCAUGGGCAACAGAGCAUAGCACUGCCAUGAAAGACUUGCAAGAUCUAAAGGAAAAGCAUGGCAGAGACAAGAAGCGAAGGAGACUGAUCAAUGAGCUAACCUCUUAUAAUUUCAUGCCAACAUUUAACAGCACGCGAAACAAACGGCACAUGGGCACAGCUGAAUGGUGCUUUCUAACACCUGAAUAUCAAGACUGGAUUAACGCCAGAAAAACAGUUGUCCUCCAUAUCACAGGCAAAAUCGGAUCUGGAAAGACAACCCUAGCAUCCUCAAUUAUAGAACGGCUGUGCCGUACUCCAGUAUCUGGCCAAUUCACCUCUUUUUUUUUCCUUCGUUUUGACGACAGGAAAAGCCUUUCUGCCUCGACAGUUAUACGGUCUUGCAUCCAGCAGCUUUUGGCGUCCCUUUUGAUCCAAACCUUGGACUCAAGUGCCAUAUCUGAGCUGGAUGGUUGUCUAGAGCAAGCUCAAUCGUCGAUGUUCUCUGUUGAGUCACUGAGAUUACUUUAUACUACCGCAGCCAAGAACCUAGACGAUUGGUUUAUUGUAAUUGAUGGUUUAGACGAGGUCGAUGUCGCAAGACAGAUAGGACUGUUGAAGUUCCUUAGCGAUACCUUUGACCAGUUGCCAGAGCCCCACCGAGUAAAGCUUCUGCUAUCAUCCCGGGAAACAUGCGCGAGCGAAAUUGACCGAAUCCUGCCUCAGACCAUUCGCCUCUACACUGGAUUGAAAUCCACGAGCUCAGAUAUCCGGUUAUAUACGGAGGAUAUCAUCAGAAACAAAAUUGAAGCCAGCGAGCUUAUAGUCAGUGAUCCAGAGCUGGUGAAUCAGAUCAUUGAAGUGAUACAUCAAAAGGAAAAGGGAAUGUUCUUAUGGGUUUUCCUCACGAUUGAUGACAUCUGCUCCCGGAAGUCUGAUAAGGACAUCAGACAGGCACUGCAAGACAUCCCGGUCGACCUCCCGGCCACAUUUGACCGUGCUCUUCGCCGUGUAGCAGCGAAGAAAAACAACACAGCAAUCGUUCAGAAAGCAUUCACGCUUAUCCAAGGGUCCUUUGAGCCAUUAACCCUUGAUCAACUUCGCGAGGCUCUCUCUGUCGAGAUUGGACAGCAGACGCUUGACCAGGACGAUCUUGUUAGUGGCAUAGAUCGCCUACCUACAUGGUGCGAGAAUCUUAUAUGCGUGGAAGAGUCAGAUACUGUUCACUUUAGCCACCACUCGAUCGAGAAAUAUCUUCUCACCCCAGGCUCGGCAGACUUCAAGGACUUUCAUCUCAACGCAGACAAAUGCGAUCAAUUCAUGGGCGAACUAUGCGUCACAUAUAUCAGCCUUGAUAACUUCCAGAGAGCAGUAGGAUUCACAAAAAGCUUCAAUAAAGACUCUUCGCAGAUGAGUAUUGACAUUGGCGGACUGGCUGAGCAGACAAUGCAAACUGCGGUGGGAGGUAACAUCGGGUCCCUAAUUGGGCGACUCACGCGACAAACCGUUUUGGCUUCGCGGUCAAGAAAGUCCCGCCUUGGCAAGGUUCAAUGGACCGACACCUCAUCCUCUUCAAUCCCCAUGCAUAGUUUCGGUCCUGCUCAGGGCACAAAGGGAUACACGUUCUACGAAUAUGCCUGCGAACACUGGUUUAAACAUCAGCUUUAUAUCGACUCGGUCAAGACAGAGGCUACAUGGAGAUUACUAGGCCAGAUUCUGCGAAGACCGCGUCAAUACUCGCAGGGUGAGCCAUGGUUUGAGCCAGCCUGGACAAAGGGUGUCAGCGAGAUCAUUGGCAAUGAUGUCCUCCUAUUUGGCCCUGGGUUUGAUUCGUACCGAGAAACCGCCGUAUCCCGCGAGACAGAUGAGGAUGGAAGGCUCAUGAAUGCAUCCACACUGAGGGACCUGUGCCACGUUUUCAUGUACGCGAUUCAAAAGGACAACGCAGGCCUUGCUUGUCGUGUGUUCAUGCUGCUUGUGGAGGAUUACAGAAGGCUAGCGAAUCGUCGUCUUCACGGUUACCUUUCGGUUGUCAUAAACAGAAUGGCCCUAAACCACGUUGAUGUUGUUCGAGAACUGAGGGCAGCGGUUGCCAGUGGAAUUUCGUAUUUUCCCCCUCUAGGCAGAAACGAGGCGCUCCGGAACUGUACAUGUCCACGGAAAGCCGAUUAUUCCUUAAGGGAAGAAAUGUGUCAGCUUCUUGAGACUGGCUAUCGGCGACAUGAACAACCAUACCUUUAUCCUUUCGCCGUCUUGGCUGGAGAACUCGGCACUGGCUCGUCAGUCGAAAGAUUGCGUCGCUUCAAUCGCGACAAACGGUUCCAAAUGGAAUUGAUCCUUUCUUCGAAGACGCGCCUGGGGAGAUCAUUCUUUGACAUUUUGAUUGAAGGGGCUUUGAUUGACACAGAGCGUAUGAAAGUCUUCGUAGCAGAACGACUUGUUUCACCACAGAGAUCGGCCUUUCAUGAUGAUGACCUAUUUGGAUUCUUCAGCAAUUCAUAUCAGAGUCAUUAUGCCGAUCUUCAGCAACAGCUGGACAAUACUCUUGCGUUUCUAGGUACCAUGCAGGCAGCAAAAGCAAGUGACAUACAGAUUGUUGAACGCUCACUGUUGAAGUGCUUAGAGGCAGGAGGGUCUGUUCCACUGCACAAAGAAACCGUUAUACUUCUGUUUCUGAAAAUAUUGCUACGGCAUCGCUGGCCAUUAUCUAUUAGCCAGGGCAUGGUAAAGGUGUUUUUCGGAGAGCCACUGGAACAAGAUCUCGAUGAUGCAAGCGACAGGAUACUUUCUCGUGCAGUCCUGUUGAACCUAUGGGAUCUUGCGACGUCUCUGGUCGAUGUCCAGCCCGUCUCUCCAGACGAAAGAGACUUGAUCGGAGAUGUUUCAUAUAUCAAGCUUGCUCUUCACUGUGAAGACUGCCGGCGCAUCGCUAGACCGGCGGGAACAGUCCGUCGUGUCAAAUGCGAUGAAGCACGACCCGCAUGCACAAGGUGCACGUCAACCGGCCGCACCUGUGAUGGCUAUGGAGAAACAACCUUAGAGCAGCCAUCACAGGUCCAGUCGCAAAUACAAGCCGUUACAUACGGAUACAGAAACUCCCAGGAAGCGCGGUCUAUGCAAUUCUUUAUGGAGCGUACCCUGUCACAAUUGACAUCCUUCUUCCCCGAUGAGUUCUGGGGGAUCAGCAUACUACAGGUUGCCCAGUCCGAGCCCAGCAUUUCCCACGCACUGGUUUCAUUCUCGGCAUACCACGAGGAUUACGUAAAUGGAGUGCCUGGAAAUAACAUUCCUUUUGCACUGAAGUAUUACAAUUUAUCCAUCAAGGAACUACGAGAUUCUCACAGAUCGCUGUCGCAUGUCCAUUUAGUGUCAUGUUUAGUCUUCAUUUGCAUUGAGAUCCUGCAAGGACAUACUGGAACAGCAAUUCGGUUAUUCAAGGAUGGCCUCCGGAUGAUGAGCCAGUAUCAAGUGCUCGACGUGCAGCAUAGCCAAGCGACCGAUUUAAAUGAUAUUCACGACCAUAUGCGAACCUUGUUCACGCGGCUAGCUCUGCAGGUAGCUUUGCUGGUGGGUGAUAUGAGGCCCGAAAUUUGCCUCAAAUUUAUUUCCGGCUGCCAAUUGACGCCGUUCAACACCAACUAUGCAUUCAAUUCCCUACGGGAAGCCAGGGAAGCUCUCAAUGCCAUAUUGGCAUUACAGUUGGCAGAAAGAACAAGUUCUGCGCUCGUCGCUAUGUUCUCUAAGUGGUCCCAAGCUCUUGACAGAUUCAUUAGCUCCCGUGGUGAAACCACAUUCACUCCUAGCGAGCAGAGGUCUCUUGCCCUCAUAGAUCUACACCGCCGGUACUUCAACAUCGUCCUACCUUGGGAGAAAAAAGAAAACCAACAAUACGUGCUCAGCCUUGACAGCUAUACCAGCGAAUUCGAGGAGUUGGUAAAUUGCGCCAGUCGAGUUUUGACCUUCGAAGAAACACAAGCCGCCCCAAUAUUUCACCUCGAUAUUGGAGCUGUACCAGUUUUGUUCAUGACGGUCGCGUGGUGCCGCGAUCCUGCCAUACGUCGGAGAGCAAUCUCCUUGUUGAUGUCCAACCAGGCCCAAGAGGGCGUUUGGAGCAGCCGCCUGUCUGGAAGAGUCGCACGGAGAAUUAUGGAAGCCGAAGAGGAAGACUUGAACGUGCAUAGCUGCAAAGACGUUCCUGGACCGCGGAGGGUCAGAAGUGUACUUGUGUCUCUAGGACCGAGGGAGAGAGAAGCCAUGAUACGAUACGGUCUAGAAGAUAGAGAGUGGGAAGAGCCUAUUGCGUGGUAG